AUAUAAUCCUUCUUUCUUUCUUUCUUUCAAGAACUACCUUAACUUCAUUCUUCAUGGCUGCCAUUGAAAUUUCUAUCCCUAAGAGAAACCAAACCCAAAUCCCAGAAGAGGAGUCGUUUGACUACUCCCAGAGAGCACAGUGGCUGAGGGCCGCCGUGCUGGGAGCCAACGACGGGCUGGUUUCCACGGCGUCGCUAAUGAUGGGCGUCGGAGCCGUCAAAAAAGACGCCACCGCCAUGAUCCUCGCCGGAUUCGCAGGCCUGUUUGCCGGCUCUUGCAGCAUGGCGAUAGGGGAGUUUGUCUCCGUCUACUCUCAACGAGACAUACAACUAUCCCAAAUGAAGAGAGAAGGGAACGACAGUACUGACGGCGGCGAGAAAGAAAGACUGCCGAAUCCGUUUCAGGCCGCCAUGGCGUCCGCCCUUGCAUUUGCGCUAGGUGCGGUGGUGCCGCUGCUCGCCGCCGCCUUCAUAGCGGAUCGGAAAGUGAGAGUUGCGGUGGUGGCUUCCGCCGUGAGCUUAGCGCUGUUGGCGUUUGGAGGGGUUGGUGCGGUUCUGGGGAAGAGUCCAAAGAUGAAGUCUUGUGCGAGGGUGGUUAUUGGAGGGUGGAUGGCCAUGGCUAUCACCUUUGGGCUCACCAAACUCAUUGGCUCUACUGGACUGGAGAUGUGAUUAUUAUUAAUUGUAUCUUGGUUUUAUGCAUGCAUGCCCUUUAGCCUUUUUAUGUGUUUUCAAAAAGAUUGAACCCUAAUCACUAGGGUCUCAUUUGUGUUGUGGUUAAAAACUGUACUUUUAGUCGAAAUGUGCCAAUAGUGUAUAAGUUAUAGCUCUUAGUGUGUUUUAUGUUAGUUUGGCAAUUGUGAAUUGUGUAUGUAUGUGCUAAUAAAAUAUAGGAUGCUUAAUAUGCCAUGCAUCCAAGUGACUUCCAUAGCUACAUGAUCAUCAUGGAUAGACUUUUC